GAGAUCUCAUUCAAUUGCUACAGUAAAACUGAAGAAUCAAGUAUUAAGAUAUUUUCCUCCAAAUUUGGAGAAUGAAAAGAGUGUUAUAACUAUAAACCAUACAAUAUUCAUGGAAACACACUUAUAAUGAUUUCUUCUAAUGAUCGAUUGAUAGCACUCUUACUUCUGCUAUCACUGGCGCUACCAACAGUUCUAGGUUGGGGAAAAGAUGGCCACUAUGUAGUUUGUAAAAUCACACAGGAGUUUCUUAGUGAAGAUACUCUGUUUGCAGUGAAACAACUGCUUCCAGAUUCUGCUUAUGGUGAUCUCGCUGCACUUUGCUCUUGGCCCGAUGAAAUUCGUUUCCAUUAUCGUUGGAGCAGUGCUUUACAUUAUGCUGAUACACCUGAUUUCAUGUGUAAUUAUCAAUACUGCAGAGACUGUCAUGAUUCUUACGGACGUAUGCAUAGAUGUGUAACCGGAGCAAUUCACAAUUAUACAAUGCAAUUAAAAUUAGCUUAUUCUGAUGCUUCAUCUAAAUUAAACUAUAAUUUGACAGAGGCACUUUUGUUCUUGUCGCAUUUUGUCGGGGAUGUACAUCAGCCCCUACAUGUUGGUUUUACUGGAGACCUGGGUGGAAACUCAAUAACAGUUCGUUGGUACAGGAGAAAAACAAAUCUUCAUCAUGUAUGGGAUAACAUGAUUAUUGAGUCUGCUCUGAAAACAUUCUAUGGCUCAGAUCUUUCAACUAUGAUACAGGCUAUUCAACAGAAUAUUACUGAUAUUUGGUCAAAUGAUGUAUCUAUUUGGGAACAUUGUGCACACAACUACACAGCAUGUCCAGAUAGGUAUGCUUCUGAGAGUGUUAGCUUGGCAUGCAAGUUUGCGUAUAGGAAUGCUACACCAGGAAGCACUUUGAAAGAUGAGUACUUCCUUUCUCGACUACCUAUUGUGGAGAAAAGGCUGGCUCAAGGUGGUGUGCGACUUGCAGCUAUCCUCAACCGCAUUUUUACUUCCAAGACAGGAAUAGCUCAAGCUUGAAAUUAAUUCAGUAUAUAUUAUAAAAAAGAUAGCAAAAUACAUUUGGACCUGCACCAGUAUCUACGAAUUUCUGUAUGAUAGAUUAGACCACCAUUAUAUAAAGUUGACAUUAUAAAAGUGAUAAAGUCAUUUUUUAUUUUUAAA